AUGAGGUCCGUUCUCAAGAAGCACGAUAGUCUCCGAACACCCAGUAAUCUCGCAGGCUUCAUCCCAAUCAUUGGUGAUGCAGUCGAUCAAGGAGAGGAGGAAAUCAAAGUUGCGACUUUCAAACUGCUUAGUACAAUUGUCAAGGUACCACUGAAAGUUGACGGUGAUGGGACAAAUCUUUACCGAGUCGCCACAGCUGAAGCUAUCAAAUGUAUAUCUGGAUCUUCUUCGACCACCUCGGAUAUUGCUCAAGCUGCUCUAAAAUUAAUUUCGGCUGUUCUGAGAGACCGUAGAGAUGUUCCUGUUAAGGAUAGAUCAGUUGAUGAUAUCCUAGAGAGAAUGAAGGAUGAUAUGACAGAGCCAGAGCGACGCCAUGUUACAUUUAAUUUCUUAAGAGCCGUGUUGGACUCCAAGGUCGAGACUGCAGCAGUAUACGAUAUUCUUGACUACGUCGGUACAGUGAUGGUAACAAAUGACGACAAAGAUACUAGAGACUUGGCACGUGGUGCAUAUUUCCAGUUUCUUAGAGAUUUCCCGCAGAAAAAGAGUCGAUGGACAAAGCAAUUGGCAUUCAUCGUUGCAAAUUUGAAGUACGAUAGGGAAGGUGGAAGAUUGUCCAUACUGGAAGUCAUUCACCUACUUUUGUCGAAGUCUUCGCAUGACUUUGUUCAAGAAGUUUCUGCGACAUGUUUUGUGCCAUUGAUUUUUGUUCUUGCAAAUGAUGACAGUGAGAAAUGCCGCAUGGCAGCGGGAGAAGUUCUCAAGGAAAUCUUCAAGAGAGCUGACCAGGAACGUAUGACGACUUUCCUCACUCUCCUUCGAUCAUGGAUCAAGCAAACCGAGAAUACUUCAGUUGUUAGGUUGGCCUUACAAACGUAUGGAUUCUACUAUAAUUCUCAAUCCGAAGUGGAAGAUACAGAUGUCAAAAUCCUACUCGCAUCUGUUUCUCAGACCAUUGAAACAGCAAGCGAUCAUGAAGCAGAUUGGGAGUUAAUCUAUGCAGCCCUCCAACUUACUGCGACGAUGUGUCAGAAAUUUCCCGAUACACUCUUCUCUUCUAAGACAUCAGCUUUAUGGUCAGCUGUACGAGUAUGCUUAUCAUACCCUCAUGCAUGGGUUAAAUUAUCCUCAGCAAGGCUUAUCAGUACAUACUUUGCAGACUAUGCAAGAACUAAUGCUGAAGCUGGCCUCGAAGGUUUGCCUCUUAAGGGAUCCCGUGGCAUCAAACUCACUGGCGAUGACAUUUCUGAUUUCAUUCGCCGCAUAGUUGGAAUGUAUAAAACACCCGGACUUACCGAAUUACUCGCAGAGGAAAUUGUCAAGAAUCUCAUCUUCCUUGGUCGCUGCGCCGGUUCCAAUAAUCUGAAAUGGAAAUCAUCUCAAAAAGCCGACGCCGAAGAGGAAGAUUUGGAAGCUGAGGCUGAGGCUGAGGAUGAGGAAGAAGUUGUUCAAAACACAGCUCUACAAUAUCUUUUCGGACGCUUAUCAUUCAUAUUAAGAAGAGAAACUUCACCACCUCGAGCAUCCGCCUUAGUCCCCAAAACCUCGGCACUCCAACUCCUCCAAAUCCUCAGCAGUAAACUCGAACCAGAAUCCCUAAUUCCAUCCCUCCGCACCAUCAUCCUUCCUCUACAUAAUUUGACGGAUCCCUCGAUCCCAAUGCCUUAUUCCACCGAUGAUCUCUUCCGCAGUAAUUACGAAGCGCUCAAGACAUCCAGUGAAGAAUUACUCGAGACGCUGAAGAAGAGAGUAGGCACUCAGGAGUAUUCCGAUGCGUUGUUGAAGGUUAGAGAGGUUGUUAAGGAGAGGAGGGCUAUGCGGAGUGGAAAGAGGAAGAUUGCGGCCGUUAGUCAGCCAGAGAGGUUUGGGGAGGAGAAGAGGAGGAAGGGGGAGAGGAAGAAGGAGAGAAGGAAGGAAAGGGGUGCGGAAUAUAGUAAGAAGAGGAAUGUUUGGUAG